GUCAAGUCAAACAAAAAACAAAUUCAGCUCGCUGCUUGAAAAAAAAUUCAUAAGUGUUAAAAACAAGUAAAAACAAUACAAAUUAAAGAAAAUACGAAAAAAAAUCGUAACCCAGUCAUUGCAGUAUGUCCAAAAACGAAGUUCUUUAUGUGAAGGGAAUGAAUGUGCAAUUUUUCGAUUUUCCACUUCAGACCGAGUCGGAUAGUGGUAUGCAGCAUGGAGAUGACAUGUGGGAUGACUCGCAACUGAAUAGUGCUUACGAUAAAGCUCUGAAAAUGGCUAAUGUGGAAGUGGCGAAACGCGUUGCUAUGACCACUAAUAGUAAAUCGCCUCCUGUAACCAAAGAAGGCAGUUCUAAAUCAACCAAAGCACACAAGACAAAGAGCAAGCUGAGUAAGAAGAAGUCUGUCUGGUCAGCCGGUAUGCCCUGUAGAGCAUUUUACGAGGGAGACGGACUAGAGUAUGAAGCCUUUGUUAUAAGACAGCUCAACGAUAGGGAGUGUCUGGUGCGGUUCAUAGGUUACAACAACUCUGAAAUAGUAGAAAUGGUCAGUCUCAAGCCUUCACUUGGUAAAGAAGCACAAUCACUACAGAUUGAGCAGGCACUGGCUGAGAGGGAGAAUGAGAGUGUUUACAGUCAGUCAUUCAAAACUGAUACGGAAGCGGACAGCGAACAACAUAGUCAAGGAAGCACCGUUAUUCUUUCAGAACGGUCGUUCUCUGGCAAGGAUCGGAAAAAAAAGAAAGGUCAUCAUUUGACCAAUGGAUUCUUUCUUCCGGGGAUGCUCCCCAUGCCUGAUUUAAGCAAAUUGAGAAACAUCGGAUCAAUGGAGGUCCCGAUGCCGCCACCGCCGCUGCCGUUUCCAUCAUCAGACCCGGAAUGUGAGGACCAGGCGAUAUCCUCCAUGCUACUGAGCUGGUACAUGAGUGGUUACUAUACAGGGCUUUACCAGGGAUUGAAAAGAGCAAAGAUGCACAAGAAGCAUACGGAAUAGAAUCUUGCUGACGGUAAAAAUAAGUAAGUAAUAAAAAAGAAAAAUUGUCAUCUUAAAUAACAUUUAUUCAUACUCCACACAUACUACAAAUAAAAAUAGAAAUGCUGUUAUUUUUAAAAAUAAAUUAAAUUAUGCCUCCCGAUUCUGUGUAAAAACUAUGUACAAAAUAUACAUUUUGAUAAUUUUA